UGCUGACAAAUGUCACUACUUUUACUGGUGGCAGGUUGCCCUAGCUACUUGCCUCCAUAUUUUCCAGUAAACUCCAAGGUUAACUCUGUGCAAUAAAUUGGGAAUCCAUCUGGGCCAGUUGCCCCGUGUCCACAUUUUCCCAGGUGGCCACCACUGGAAGACUGGAAUCCCCUCUCUUUGAGCACCGGUGCGCUGAGGAUUACCGCCAGCUCCAGCCGGGGCCCGCUGGGGUUUAUUUGAAGCAUGCAAGAGAACAAUGUGAACCAGCCUACAUCAUUGUCUCAGCUCUUGAGAGAGAACUACUUGGCCGAAGCGAGGGCGCACCAGAGACACAGAGGCAUGAGCCGUUCCGACUCCUCGUGGCACCUGGUCUACGUGCCCCUCAAAGGCAAGGCGGAGGACUACGCGGGGCAGGACAAGCCCCAACCCCAGAUCCCAGACCUCUCAGCCUUCCUGAGCCAGGAAGAACUGGAUAAGAGUGUCAACCUGGCCUGUCAGGCUAUCGGGCACGAGGCCGGCGAGGAGAGGACAGAGUUCAAGGCCCCGGUCACCCCUUCUGUCACCUCCACUGCAUCCAACACUCCCGACACCCAGCCUGACCUGGAAUUAAAAGAACCCCUACCAACACAUGCAACAUUCUUCCCAGAGAGACGGUCAUUCUCACCUCUGUCCAUACCGGACAAUGUGAUAAGGAUAGACAAACAGAUAUAUCAGCCAUCCCAACUGUCCAUUCAGGACAACGCAAUAAGGACCGACAGACAGAAAUAUCCACUGUCCCAAUCAUCCAUCCAGGACAACGACACAGGGACAGACAGAGAGUUGUACCCACCGUCCAUCCAGGACAACGACACGAGGACAGACAGACAGACGUUCCCACCGUCCAUCAUCCAGGACAUUACAAUGAAGAACAACUGUGUGGCCAGGGAGGCCUUUGAGGACUUUAAGAGGCCAGGGGCUAGGGGGAUGAACACUCCAGAGUACGGCCUGGGGACCCAGUCCAAGAAGGAGUUCCUCAACAAGGCAGCAGACUUCAUCGAGGAGCUCUCCUCUCUGUUCAAGGCUAACAGCUCCAAAAGGAUACGUCCCAGAUCAUGCAAAACUCAUAGGAGCAGAGCCAACAAGGGUGAAGUGGAUGGGAGCGUUUACUCCCUGAAUGCAGACAACAGGGAAAGAACCAUUCUUCUCCAAGACUUCGAAACGGAAAUGGAGAUUGAGAGGUCUACUAAUCCUUUCAGCAUUCAGCCAUCAGAAGUCCAGGGUUUGGGCAUGGAUUCAGGGUUUGGGCAUGCUUACUUCCCCAUGCAGGACUGGAGGACUACUGAGGAGCAGAAUGAUGAGGCUGAAAGCCCUGCCCUGGUGGAGAUCACCCCCGGGGUGUACACAGCCGACUCCAUCUGUGAGCCCCCUCACUUCAUCCAAAAACUGAAAAGCAGGGAGGUGCUGGAGGGCAGCAAGGUACAGCUGGACUGCAUUGUUCGAGGACUCCCCAUGCCCGAAGUCCGGUGGUUUUGUGAGGGGAAGGAGCUGGAGAACUGCCCUGACAUUCAGAUCAUCAACAACGGCGAGUUGCACUCUCUGACCAUUGCCGAGGCAUUCGAGGAAGACACAGGGCGGUACUCUUGCUUUGCAUCCAACUUCUACGGCACAGACUCGACAUCUGCAGAAAUCUACGUCAAAGGUGCCUCCUCUACAGAUUCGGAGGGGGAACAACAUUCUGAACUUGCACAACUACAGAGGACCCGAGCUCAGCCGGGUGCCCAAUGUUUACCUCCAGUGGUCAGUGUUGUGUCUCUGUGUGUGGAUGACGCAACCAAUGCCACUGAAGAACAGCCACAGGAGGCCACCUCACUGCCUUCUAGCCAGGUAGUCACUGCAUCUGUACCUGUCCAGGUAGCUACUAAUGUCCUUCCUGUUACGGAGGUGACAACAGCACCAUCCACCCAGGUGGCGUUUACAUUGGUCCCUGCCCAGGAGAUGUCAGCACAGUUACCUGUCCAGGUAGUUUCUACUCUAGAUCUACCGCCUGUGGACACGGCGUCAGUUCUGUCACUGCCAACACAGUCACGGGUCACAGUGACGUCCACACCAUUACCGACACAGACAGUCUCUACCACGGCAAUACCGCUGACCCAGGUGGUCUCCUCUAUACUGCCUGCCCAGGUUGCUGCCGUACAGACGACUCUAGCUGAGAACCUAAAUGGAGACAGCUAUACUCUAAGUCCAGACAUCUAUCCUCAAGGUCUAGACGGGAGGCCUAUCAUGGCUGCCCCUGUUUUCACAAAGAGUCUGCAGGACCUGUUGGCAUCAGAGAGCGAGCUGGUGGUGCUAGAGUGCCGUGUAAAAGGAGUCCCCUCCCCCAAGGUGGACUGGUACAGAGAAGGAACUGUCAUAGAGGACUCCCCUGACUUCAGGAUCCUGCAGAAGAAGCCUCGGUCCAUGGAUGAAUCAGAGGAAAUAUGCACUUUGGUCAUUGCUGAAGUCUUCCCUGAAGAUUCUGGAAAAUUCACUUGCACUGCAAGCAACAAAUAUGGAACUGUAUCCAGUAUCGCUGCACUAAGGGUGAAAGGAAAUGACAACACCAACAACAACCACGUGAAAACUCUCGUAGGCACUUUAACAAUGGAGUCCACACAAGUUCCAGAGCCUUCUUCAUCAGAUCUCACUCUGCCCAGACUAAAGCCUCAAGCUGAGGCUCUUGUCACCAACAGCAUCAAGCCUCACUCCAGCACCAUCCGCCUGGAUCCCUUCAGCUCCAGCAAUUUACGACUGGAACCUCUGAGCACCAGUACCCUCCGUGUAGACCCUCUGAGCUCCAGCAUGCUGCGCCAGGUGCCUAUCAGCCCCAGCAUGCCCAGCCUGGAUCCACUAAGGCUGGGCAGCAGCCUCCGUAUAGGCACCCGUAGCUCCAACACAUCUCAUCUGGACCCACUCUACCUGAGCACCCCUCACCCAGACCUGCCUACUAGCUCCAGCGGGCUAUGCCCGGAGCCCCAGAGCAGUGGUGAGAUGCCCAAGACUGACCAGGGAGACUCCAGAGCCUUUUCAGUGUUACCUGACCCUCCCGUUGGUCUUUGGCCUAAGGUGGAAGGGACUCCUAUCCAUAAACCUGAGCCCCCUCCCCAUGUAAACCUCCCUGAUCCCCCCAACUCCUCCUGCCUUAAGCCUGGGGUUCUGGUUAACCACAACGGGCCCAGGUCCAGCUCCAGGGCAGGCCUCCGUGUGCACUUUAAACUGCCUGAGGAUGAAACGGAAAACCAGAGUGAAGCAUCCAAUAGCCAUUCAUAUGAAGAUAUGUCGCAGUUGGCCAAUAAGGAACCACCUGCAGUACUGGCCAAGCCCAAACUAGAUCCUGUCCAGCUGCAGCUUCUGCACAACCAGGUGCUUAUGGAGCAGCAGCAGACUGAGACUGAGCCAAACGGAGCCACCAAGAGCCAACCGGAGGCAUCUGCCUGGCCAGCCCAGACACACCACGAGUCCCAGGCACAGACCCAAGCCCAGCCUCAGUCAAACCUGCCCCGUUCAUCUACCCCCAUGCUCCUGCAGACCACCCAUGCCGCACCCAUACUGACCACAGCCCCAACACCCUUUCUCAACUCCGCCCCUGUGACCAGCUUGAACACUACCCCUACACCCCAGCUAGACACUAGUCCCCCUGCCCACCUGCUAAACAUUGCAUCUGCACCGCUACUGAACCCAUACACCACCCAUUCCUAUUUUACUUCUUCACCCCUGCUAAACACAAGCCCUGUACCACCAAAGAACACUACCUCUGCAACGCUACUGAACACAGCCCCUCCUGCACCAGUUAUGGGUACCCUGCCGUCCCUUCCUCAAUUGAAGACAGCUCCUUCUUGUAUGAGCUCCCCUCCAUCUGCCUCUCUGCUGAGAACUGUUCCUGCACCACACCUGUACACCAGCCCUGCAUCCCCACCCUAUAUGACCCAGCAAAACACCACCCAUUCUUCCCAGCUGAAUUUAACGCACUCAUCCCUGCCUAAAGCCAUUCACGUACCCAAGUUUAGCACACCUCCCACACCUCAUCUGAAUACAGCCCCCACAGCAUCUCUCAGCGCCAUCCCUGCAGCUUUCAACAAAGCCCCCACAACCAUGCAGAACACCUCCCCCACUCCCCUGCUCAGAACAACCCACGCCUCCCUCCUCAACCUGGCUCCUACGUCACAGAGCUUCAACUACUCUAGGCCAAAGGAGUUCAUCACUGCCCAGACUCCCCUCUCUCCAUUUAGGAGUCCCUCUCCUACAGAGUCCCCCGUUCCGUUGCUCCACAAGCUGGCUGCCGAGCUCAACUCCUCCAACCCCAACCAGUUCUCUCCGCAACCCAGAGUCUUACCCACCAGAGUCCUCAAGUCACCCACCAGCCCUUCCUUCAUGUCCUCCCCCACCUCCCUGACCAUGUUGCCUGCUGCCUACCUAAACUCUGUGUUCGCCCUGCCACAGCAGUCGCCCCCGCAGGCAGCGUCCCCGACCUCCAGUACCUCCAGCCCCAUCCAGAACCAUGUGGCCUUCCUCAGCUCUGUCCUGCCCUCUCUACACACCACACAAGCCACCAACUCUAUGGGCCUGCCCAGGAGUGCUCAUAGGCCACCUCAAGGCAUACUGAAGAAGUUGCCUACAAGCACUCGUCCUAUUUUAGAUUAUGAUAUUCGUAGCAGCCAACAAACUCUCCUCCACGAUAUUGAGAAAAAGCUUAGGUUCAAUGAAGAUUUAAUGCGUGGUCAUGUACAACAGAAGCCGACUACUUAUGAGGGGAAAACAGCGAGCAGACACCUCGGACCAAACAUUCCCGCCACUGUCUUUAACUAUGACGAGGAGUACAAAGUGUCCAACUUUGAGCAGAGGCUGAUGAGUGAGAUAGAGUUCCGUCUGGAGCGCACGCCAGUCGAGGAGUCAGAUGACGAGGUACAACACGAUGAGAUCCCAACAGGGAAGUGCAUCGCUCCCAUGUUUGGCAAAAAACUGAAGAACUUCAGGGCCAUGGAGGGUGUGCCUAUGACGUUCUCCUGUAAAGUGGUGGGGAUCCCUGUACCUAAGGUUUACUGGUUCAAGGAUGGCAAGCAGAUCUUGAGAAAAAAUUAUCAUUAUAAGAAGAUACGAGAGGGGGACGGAACCUGUGCCCUACACAUAGAGGUCACCAAUAACGACGAUGAUGGCAACUACACUGUCCUGGCAGCUAACCCCCAGGGACGAAUCAGCUGCUCCGGUCAUUUGAUCAUCCAAACAGGUCCUCUCCGAAACCGAAUGACACCUAUGAUUCACUCUCAGAGGGUGCGGGCCCGCAUACAGGAAGUGGAAGAGGGUGAACCAACCCAGGAACGCUUCUUCCAACCUCACUUCCUCCAGGCUCCAGGGGACAUGGUGGCUCAUGAGGGCAGAGUCUGUAGAUUAGACUGCAAGGUUAGUGGCCUUCCAAACCCAGAGCUGAUGUGGCUGAUCAACGGGAGGCCCAUCUACCCAAACUUCUACCACCGGAUGCUGGUGAGGGAGAAUGGAAUCCAUUCCCUUGUCAUAGACCCUCUAAAACAGGACGACGCUGGGACAUACACUUGCAUUGCCAGCAACAAAGCAGGACAGAGCUCCUUCGGUCUAGAGUUAAGAGUUGUGGAAAAAGAGAUGAAGCAGGUCCCCCAGUUUGUGGAGAAGCUCCAGAACACAGGCAUCGCAGAGGGCACCCCCGUCCGACUGGAGUGCAGGGUGCUGGGCAUGCCUCCACCUGUCAUCUACUGGAAGAAAGACAAUGACACCAUUCCUCACACCAAGGCCAGAGUCAGCUUACACCAGGAUGCCACUGGAUAUGUUUUCCUCCUGAUUCAGCCAACCAGGAAAGAGGAUGCUGGCUGGUACACCGUAUCAGCAAAGAAUGAGGCCGGAAUUGUUUCAUGCACAGCGAGACUAGACAUCUAUGCCCAGUGGCAUCAACAUGUUCCUCUGCCUAUGACGAAGGCUCCGUGGUAAGGCAGUCGCUAUGCAGCACUGACUGGCCAAGGCCUAGACAUCAAGUCUGCCUUUCCCACGACGGACAACAGCCCCAUCCUGUUCUCCAGCUCACCUACGGAGGCACGGCUGGAGAGCGAUGAGCUGUGUAAGAAGCAGACACACUCUGCCACAGGGUUGUAAAAGUCUGUAAACUUCCCCAUAAUGCACAGGUUUUUCAGAAAUUCUAGUUGAAAGUUUUGGAAGAUUUAUGGAAUUUUGCCAACCUACUUCACCAGCAACCUAAUCACCACUGGCCCUUUGAACCUACAAACUACUCUUCUCUGGAGUCUCGUAGGGCCGGUUUCCCAGACACAGAUUCAGCCAAGUACUGAACUAAAAAGCAUGCCCAAAUAGAGACUCUCCAUUGAAAUGGUCUAAUCUACUAGUCAAUCUAAUCUGUGGUGGCUAGUAGGAUUAAGAGAUGGAAGAGCAGGACUAUAAUCUGAGCAGUUUGUUUCAUCUGGUUUAUGUGAUACAUUUGAAGUGAUACAUUAAAGUUAGAAUGACAAAAACGGUUCGAUUUUAAACUGUCAACCUAAUGCUGUUGUGUUUGCUUGUCCGCCAUUCCUAUUGAAUUGUAUCAUUUGAAGCAUCUGAUUCACAAAAAACAGACACACUCGCCAAGUCUUAGUUCACGUGCCACCAAGUCAACUAUAAUCUUCCAAUAGAUCAGAUGUAUUAUUUUAUUUAUUUUUGAUUAGUUAGAUUGAUAUGGCGGCAGAUAGACUAACGGUUAGAGCGUUGAGCCAGUAGCUAAAAUGUUGCUAGUUCGAAUCCUCAAGCCAACAAGGUGAGAUAUCUGCAAUGUACCCUUGAGCAAGGCACUUAACCCUAAUUGCUCCAGCAACAGGGUGAUAAUGGCAGACCCUGGCCGUGACCCCACUCUCUGAGGGUGUCUCAGGGAGAGUUGGGAUGUACAAAAAACACAUUUCCAAUUCACACAUGCGUAUUAAUACACACUUGUACAUGUGUUAAAUAGGAUAAAUAUAAUAUAACUUCUGACCCACUGGAGUUGUGAUACAGUGUAUUAUAAUUGAAAUAAUCUGUCUGUAAACAAUUGUUGGAAAAAUUACUUGUCAUGCACAAAGUAGAUGUCUUAACCGACUUGCCAAAACUAUAGUUUGUUAACAAGAAAUGUGUGGAGUGGUUGAAAAACGAGUUUUAAUGCACUCAAUGCAUAACCUAAGUGUAUGUAAACUUCCGACUUCAACUGUGUAUAUAUAGUACCAGUCAAAACUUUGGACACCUACUCAUUCAAGGGUUUUUCUUUAUUUUUUACUAUUUUCUAGAAUAAUAGUGAAGACAUCCAAACUAUGAAAUAACACAUAUGAAAUCAUGUAGUCACCAAAAAAAGUGUUAAACAAAUUCUUCAAAGUAGCCACCCUUUGCCUUGAUGACAUCUUUGCACACUCUUGGCAUUCUCUCAACCAGCUUCAUGAGAUAGUCACCUGGAAUGCUUUUUAAUUAACAGAUGGCCCUGUUAAAAGUACAUUUGUGGAUUUUCUUUCUUUCUAAAUGCAUUUGAGCCAAUCAGUUGUGUUGUGACAAGGUAGGGGUGGUAUACAGAAGAUAGCCCUAUUUGGUAAAAUAGUCCAUAUUUUGGCAAGAACAGCUCAAAUAAGCAAAGACAUGAAGGUCAGUCAAUCUGGAAAAUGUCAAGAACAUUGAAAGUUUCUUCAAGUGCAGUCAAAAAAAACAUCAAGCGCUAUGAUGAAACUGGCUCUCAUGAGGACCGCCACAGGAAAGGAAGACACAGAGUUACCUCUGCUUCAGAGGAAAAGUUCAUUAGAGUUAACUGCUCUGCAGAUUGCAGCCCAAGUAAAUGCUUCACAGAGUUAAAGCAACAGACAUAUCUCCAUAUCAACUGUUCAGAGGAGACUGCAUGAAUCAGGCCCUCAUAGUCGAAUUGCUGCAAAGAAACCACUACUAAAGGACACCAAUAAGAAGAAGAGACUUGCUUAGGCCAGGAAACACGAGCAAUGGACAUUAGACCAGUGGAAAUCUGUCCUUUGGUCUGAUGAGUCCAAAUUUGAGAUUUUUGGUUCCAACCACCGUGUCUUUGUGAGACAGAGUAGCGGAACUGAUAAUAUCCGCAUGUGUGGUUCCCACCAUGAAGCAUGGAGGAGCAAGUGUGAUGGUGUGGGGGUGCUUUGCUGUUGACACUGUCUGUGAUUUAUUUAGAAUUCAAGGCACACUUAACCAGCAUGGCUACCACAGCAUUCAGCAGUGUUACGCCAUCCCAUCUGGUUUGUGCUUAGUGGGACUAUCAUUUGUUUUUCAACAACAACCUCCAGGCUGUGUAUGGGCCAUUUGACCAAGAAGGAGAGUGCAUCAGAUGAACUGGCCUCCACAAUUACCCGACCUCAACCUAAUUGAGAUAGUUUGGGAUGAGUUGGACUGCAGAGUGAAGGAAAAUCAGCCAACAAGUUCUCAGCAUAUGUGAGAACUCCUUCAAGACUGUUGGAAAAGCAUUCCUCGGGAUGCUGGUUGAGAGAAUACCAAGAGUGUGCAAAGCUGUCAUCAAGGCAAAGGGUGGCUACUUUGAAGAAUCUAAAAUAUAAUUUGAUUUAACACUUUUUUAGUUAUUACAUGACUCCAUAUGUGUUAUUUCAUAGUUUUGAUGUCUUCACUAUUAUUCUACAAUGUAGAAAAUAGUAAAAAUAAAGAAAAAUCAUUGAAUGAGUAGGUGUGUGCAAACUUAUGAUUGGUACAGUACUGUAUAUCUUUAAAAUUCUAUCAAGAAUUGGUUCGACAAUAUGAUUGAAUUUCUCAUGAUAUUCAGACAAAACAGAAUAUUUCACAAGGAAUACAUUAUUUGUAAAUGCACACCUUUGCACCGUAGUUGUGUUGGGAGAGCAUAUUGAUAGCAGCUGGAAAAGCAAGUGAACUACUGUAAGCAAAGGGUUCAAGAGCAAUGGGCAAAGUGCAACAAAAAAACACUAACAGUACAGAUAGCAAUAAAAACUGUACCAUAGAGGCAGCUAAAAACACUUUUUUUUGUUCCUGUUUUGCAUGUUAUUUUGGCAUUAAUACGUCUGAGGAAAAAGGAAACUGCACACUGCUCUUGAUAGUAUCACUGAUCUUUAAUAAGCUUUACGUAUCGGCCUCAUGUGCAGUUUCCUUUUUCCUCAUCUUAUCCAACUCUUACCAUGCACCUGCACAAAAGAUAGCUCAGAUGUGCGAGUGCCUUUUGAAUUUUGGCAUUAAUACGUCUCACAUAUCUGUUUGCAAACAAUGUAAUAUAAAAAUAAUAAUAAUUGAGUUAAUAAAUCCGAAUACAAACUUGG